GGGCGUGCCAGGAUGAGAAGAAGGGCAGGAAGAGAGAAGGGAUGGUCAUUAUCUGAAAAUGCUAAAGGAGAAGGAAAGAGCAAAACAUGCAUUCAUGAGAAAGGGAAGAGAAGAACUGGCUAUUGAAAUCACGGCGUUUUUUUUAGUAUUAUUAGGAGGACUGCCGGCGGCAUUAUGGAUGGACAUUGUGAUAGCCGGCGCUUAUGCUUUUUCUACGGACUUGGGAAGCUGAGAGGACAACA